GCCGCCUCUUCUUCAUCCUCUUCCCACCUUGCCUAUCUCUCCCUUGUCAACCCAGGCCCUGGUCGCUACGAUACGCCGGUACCUCAUCUUCAUAAGCCUCGCGUCCGCCUGCUGCCACGACCUCCCUCGCCUUCCCGGGCUUAGCCACCAGCCAUCAUGCUCGCCAGCAUGAUGCCGGCGGUCGCCCGCCGUGCUCUCGUGGGCGGCCUCGCUCUCUCCGCCAUCGUUCCCAUCGCCGCAGCCAAGAACUAUACGCAGGACGACAUGCUCAGAGCCCACAUGGCUCUCCUCAACGUUCGCGCCGCCGACGACUGCCCUCCAUGCUUCAACUGCCUGCUGCCAGCAUAUACUUGUGGCCAGUAUGCCCAGUGCAACGAAUACAAUGGCCAGUGCGAGUGCCCAGCCGGUUUUGGUGGAGAUGCCUGCCUCGAGCCCACAUGCGGAUCCCUUGCUCGUGGCAAGGACAGGCCUGUGCGACAGGGCGACGAAUGCGAAUGCGACGACGGCUGGACCGGCCUGAAUUGCAAUGUCUGUACCGACAACCUUGCCUGCAACGCCCUCAUGCCCACCUCCGAAGGUGGCGUUUGUUACCAGAACGGCGAAGUGGUCAAGCAGAACUACCAGAUGUGCGAUGUCACAAAUGCUAAAAUCUUGGACAUGCUGGCUGGCCAGAUCCCGCAGGCCACCUUCACGUGCGAGAAGGAAACUGGGCUGUGCGAUUUUCAGUUCUGGAUCGACAAGCUCGAGUCUUUCUACUGCCACCUGGGUGACUGCGAAUCGAGCGCAGAGUUCACCGAGAACAAGAACAGCACCCACUACAAGUGCCCCAAGGUUGAGUGCACCUGCAUACCUGACCGAAUGCUAUGUGGUGCUCAUGGCUCGGUGGAUCUCACCGAUUUCCUACGCGAGGAGAUCGAGGGGCCGGCCAUAUUCGAGUGUAACCAGGUGGACAGUGGCAUCAAUGCUUGUUCGUUCUCCGAGCCGGCGCUUGACGGCAUCGUGGAAGCUAUCUUCGGCGACCCCCACAUUAAGCUCGAAUGCCGAUCCGGCGAAUGCCUGUACCAGACAGAGGUCCCAGGUUUCCAGCGCCCCAUCAAACAGAUCAACACCCCCCUCAUUGCAGGUGUCAUUGCUGGCUGCUCACUUUUCGUCGUUGCUGUCAUUCUUGGCACAUGGUACCUUUCGAGACGUCAAUUCAAGUACGGGCCAAUUUCGCUGGAUGACUCUGACGACGAGACUUCCAAGCUCAUGAUUGAUCACAAACCUGCUGCCUUGUACUGGCAGAAUGUUGCGUACGGGCUCAACGGCAAGACGAUUCUUCGAGACAUUCAGGGUGUGGCCCACCCUGGCGAGAUCACGGCUAUCAUGGGUGCCUCCGGUGCCGGCAAGACGAGCUUCCUCGACAUUCUUGCACGAAAGAAUAAGCGCGGAGUCACCGGGGGCGACUUCUUCGUGAACGGCGAGAAAGUCAGCAAUGCAGAGUUCAAAAGUGUCAUCGGCUUUGUUGACCAGGAGGAUACUAUGCUUCCGACUCUGACAGUUCACGAGACUAUUUUAACCAGCGCUCUUCUUCGCUUACCCAAGGCCAUGACCCGAGCCGCGAAGGAACAACGGGUCUGGGAUGUUGAGAAGCAGCUUGGAAUCUAUCACAUCCGAGACUCUUUGAUUGGAUCUGAGGAGGGCAAAGGUCGCGGCAUUUCUGGCGGUGAAAAGAGACGUGUCGGUAUCGCCUGUGAGCUUGUCACAAGCCCUUCGAUCCUGUUCCUUGAUGAACCCACCAGUGGCCUUGACGCGUACAAUGCGUUCAACGUCAUCGAAUGCCUCGUCACACUGGCCAAGACUUACAAGCGCACUGUCAUUUUCACCAUUCAUCAGCCCCGAUCUAACAUUGUUGCGCUCUUUGAUCGGCUCGUCCUCCUCGCCCAGGGCAAGACCGUCUACUCUGGACCCUUCGCUCAAUGUCAGGAGUAUUUCGACCAGAUUGGAUAUGCCUGCCCCCCUGGUUUCAACAUUGCAGACUACCUGGUUGACCUGACAAUGCAUGCCAUCGCGGUCGGCCCCUUCGAUGAUGGCACCAUAUCUGUCAAUGAUGCAGCUAGUGUGGGUCUGAGCAGUACCACCGCUGUCAAGUCCAUUGCAAGCAUCUCGGGAGCCAGUAUUGCUGAUGAUAGCUCCAAUGAGCCCUCUUCGAGUAACCAGACUCGUCCCAAUAAUAAGCGCAAAGACUCGAUUCGGGCCCGACAGGAGCGGGAGCUAUACACCCGUCGCAAAAACAACGCGGAAACCGCAGCCUCCUCCGACGGUGAGGAGGAGAUCGGUGCUUACAAGCUGCACAAGCAGAGGGGUUCACCUCAUAUCAUCGUAGAGGAUGCCGACAACGUGCCGCCGUCUGCUGGCUCAAACCUGGACGCCCUUGUCUACGCCUAUGCUGACUCCGAGAUAUCACGAAACAUCUCAGAGGAGAUUCGCCAUGCUGUCUCGACUGCUGAAGGCGCCAAUGGUCAGAACGGUCACCUUUCGAACACCUCUCAACUCGGCAGUAGCGCCAUUGGGCGAGGCUAUGCGCGCAUUGGCUAUUUUCGGCAGUUCGUCAUCCUUGCUCAGCGCACCUGGAGAAACUUGUACCGUAACCCGCUACUCAUGCUUACGCACUACGCUAUUGCGAUCCUGCUGGCUGUGCUCUCUGGCUACCUCUUCUACGGGCUCACCGACGACAUCCCGGGUUUUCAAAAUCGCCUUGGCCUGUUCUUCUUCCUGCUUGCUCUAUUCGGAUUCAGUACUUUGACGAGCCUCAACGUUUUUGCGUCGGAGCGCCUGCUAUUUACACGGGAGCGUGCCAAUGGAUACUACUCGCCGAUAACGUACUUCACAGCCAAGGUGGUCUUUGACAUCGUCCCGCUCCGGAUCAUCCCUCCAAUCAUCAUGGGCGCCAUUGUGUAUCCUAUGACUGGUCUCAUUGCGGAUGGUCCUCACUUCUUCACUUUCAUGCUAAUUCUUGUCCUCUUCAACCUGGCUGCCGCAGCAAUCUGUCUCUUCAUCGGUAUCAUUUGUAAGGACGGAAGCGUCGCGAACCUCAUCGGAUCUCUCGUGAUGCUCUUUAGCCUACUGUUUGCGGGCUUGCUACUCAACUAUGAUGCGAUUCCCGUAGGGGCGAAGUGGCUACAGAAUUUGUCCAUUUUCCACUAUGGGUUCGAGGCGCUGAUUGUUAACGAAGUCGUGGAACUCACGCUGGUUGACAAGAAGUACGGCCUGGACAUCACAGUUCCUGGCGCUGCCAUCUUGUCCAGCUUCGGUUUCCGUAAUGGUGCCAAGUGGAUGGACAUCCUAAACCUUGGCAUUUUUGCCGCUGUUUUUGUGGUCCUUGCUUAUGCAGCCAUGCAUUUUGUCCUCGUCGAGCGCAGAUAGUGAGCAUCUCCCGGAGCGACAAUUCGGCCGACAAAGCUAUUGCCUUCCCCGGCCAAUAACAUACGACGACCUUUUGUACAUACAUGUACGGCACUCGGGUUUGCGUUCAAGGCAAUAAUGAGCGUUUUCAAGUGUGGUCGGACUCUUAAAUACACAACUCAUCGGGACAGUAGCCAAUCAUGUUUGCGCACAAGGAGCUCCAUCGUUUCAUAGAACUUUUGUCAUACUCGUUUCAGCUACUCCCACAUCCAUGAGGCGUUAUGGUGGAUUGCAAUUUGAAUUAUAUUUCCCAAUGGUUUCCUUUAUUCACGCGAGUGCCUUUUCCCCGCCCAUGAUCUGUGAGAACUAUAGGGAGGAAGUGCAAAGCAGCUCCGCGGCGCUGAAUCGUCACAUGAUCGCCUGCGACAAGUGGUGUCAAUUGUAACUGCCAAGGAAAGUGCAAUAAGCAUAGUCCUGCUCGUGACGUCGUCACGAAGACCAG